UUAGCAAUCAUCCCCUUCACCACAGAAAAAGGAGCCAAAAUAUGAUGGAAACAGGGGAAGACAUUGUGAUUGUGGGAGCUGGAAUUGCUGGUCUUACAACAUCCUUAGGACUUCAUAGGUUGGGAAUUCGAAGCUUAGUGUUGGAAUCCUCGGAUAGAUUGAGGGUCACUGGAUUUUCCUUCACGACAUGGACAAAUGCUUGGAGGGCAUUAGAUGCUGUUGGCCUUGGUGACUCCCUCCGACAACAUCAUCAAAGGCUUUAUGGGAAUGUGACUAGCUCUACAAUUUCAGGACAUCAAACCUCAGAGACGUCAUUUGAAGCCAAAGGAAAACAUGGAGUCCAUGAAGUUCGUCGUGUCAAAAGGAAUAUGUUGGUGGAAGCCCUUGCAAAGGAGCUUCCAAGUGGCACAAUUAGGUACUCUUCCAAGGUGGUUUCUAUAGAGGAAUCAGGCUUCUAUAAGCUUUUGCAUCUUGCUGAUGGAACCAUUCUCAAAACCAAGGUGUUGAUUGGGUGUGAUGGAGUGAACUCAGUGGUGGCAAAGUGGCUGGGCUUCAACAAACCAGCUUUCACAGGGAGAUCUGCCAUUAGGGGCCGUGUGGAUUUCAAGCGCGAUCAUGGGCUUGGGAACAAGUUCAUGCAAUUUUUUGGGAAAGGUGCUCGAUCUGGUUUCCUUCCUUGUGAUGAUAACACUGUCCAUUGGUUUUUCACCUGGACUCCCUCCUCCAGCCAAGAGAAAGAGAUAAAAAAUAACGGAGCUGAAAUGAAGCGACUUGUGCUAAGCAAGCUAGGAAAGAUGCCUGAUGAAGUAAGGGCUGUUAUUGAAAACACUGAUUUGGAUAGUUUUAUAUCAUCCCCAUUGAAGUACAGACAUCCUUGGGAGCUUCUUUGGGGAAAUAUCAGCAAAGGCAAUGCUUGUGUGGCCGGUGAUGCUCUCCACCCCAUGACUCCAGACAUUGGCCAAGGUGGUUGUGCUGCCUUGGAAGAUGGUGUUGUCUUGGCCAGGUGUCUUGCUGAGGCGUUAUUGAAAGAACCAAGUGGGGAGAAAUUACCUGAAAAAGAAGAAUAUAAGAGGAUUGAAAUGGGGUUGAAGAAGUAUGCCAAAGAGAGGAGAUGGAGAAGCAUUGAGCUCAUUACUACUGCUUAUAUGGUUGGUUUCUUCCAACAGGGUGAUGGAAAAGUGAUGAACUUCUUUAGGGAUAUAUUGGCUGCAUACAUGGCUGGGUUGCUGUUGAAGAGGGCUGACUUUGAUUGUGGGAAGCUCAGCAUUUCAUAAAUGCAUCCAUAUGCCUAUGUACUAAAGAUAAAGUAAUUAUUGUUUAUAAUAAUGUGUGUGAUGAAUAAAGAGGAUUGAAAUGGGGUUGAAGAAGUAUGCCAAAGAGAGGAGAUGGAGAAGCAUUGAACUCAUUAGUACAGCUUAUAUGGUUGGUUUCAUCCAGCAGGGUGAUGGAAAAGUGAUGUACUUCUUUAGGGAUAUAUUGGCUGCAUACAUGGCUGGGUUGCUGUUGAAGAGGGCUGAUUUUGAUUGUGGCUCAGCAUUUCAUAAAUGCAUCCAUAUGCCUAUGUACUAAAGAUAAAGUAACUAUUGUUUAUAAUAAUGUGUGUGAUGAAUAAAGAGGAUUGAAAUGGGGUUGAAGAAGUAUGCCAAAGAGAGGAGAUGGAGAAGCAUUGAACUCAUUAGUACAGCUUAUAUGGUUGGUUUCAUCCAGCAGGGUGAUGGAAAAGUGAUGUACUUCUUUAGGGAUAUAUUGGCUGCAUACAUGGCUGGGUUGCUGUUGAAGAGGGCUGACUUUGAUUGUGGGAAGCUCAGCAUUUCAUAAAUGCAUCCAUAUGCCUAUGUACUAAAGAUAAAGUAAUUAUUGUUUAUAAUAAUGGGUGUGAUGAGUUGUUGCCCAUGGCAUAUGUUUUAAAGCAAUGUAAUUCAAGUGUUGAAGACAUUCACCUGCUACAGAUUUUAAU